AGAGAGAGAGAGAGAGAGAGAGAGAGAGAGAGAGAGAGAGAGAGAGAGAGAGAGAGAGAGAGAGAGAGAGAGAGAGAGAGAGAGAGAGAAACCAAAAGAGAGAGAGAGAAAGUAGAUAAAUUGUUACUUGGUUAAGUAGGUCAUGCCUCUGCUGCCCAGUCAUGAGGUUACACUCAUUCUGACCUUCCAGGCUAAUAUUAACCAAUUGCCCUGACAUAGUGCCUGUCCCUACAGACCUGGCAGGGGUCACCGCUCUGGGGACCCAAACCCAACAUGUCACAAUUAUCGCUGUAGGUACAAGGUUCAGCAGUGACCUCAUUUCAUCACUACGUAAUACGAAAUAUUGCACAUCAGAAAAAUCAAAGUGAGUUGAUUUGAUUUGCAUACAAUAAAUAAAGAAAUAGGGGAAUUUGUCCAUCAUGAUCACAAUACAGGUAAUAGGAAAUGACUGUGUCUGUAUGUUCCCCCUGUAAGAGACCUAUUUCUUUAAAGCUGUUUAUUUUAAAGGAAGGUCCCUAAAGAGGGACUUCACAGUCACACGGGGUAGCAUGACUAUCUGUACACCCCUCAGGAAUGUUUAUUUGCUGGUUUUCAAGGCAACCAGCUGAGAGAGUUGAAACCAGGCUCCCCGCCCUACAGUACAUCAUUUAAAAACACAGUUCUUCCCUUUGCUCGCUUCUCUCCUUUGUUGCCAUGGUCUUCCCUCUGGGUUACACUGUAUGUCCUUUUGUGGAGGUGGGCCUUGGCACUAUCCCUCCUCUGGUGAAGGCUGACCUUUAAUCAGAUGGAUGGGUGGUGGGUUGUAGCCCAACUUGGUGUCGCUUAUCAAGGCCUGAGUUCGAAUCUGUUUGAAUACUGAAGUAGAAUAUGAACAGUGGUGGGGAUUGAGGCCCAUAAAUAAACAAAGUAAAUACAGUAAAAUAUACAGACAAACACACACACAUGCACGCGCGCACGCACACACGCACACACACACACACACGCACAUGCGCACACACACACCUUGAUAAUGUACAAACACACCUUGUAUGUAUAAAACAAACAUCUUCUCCAUUAUCUGUUAUGGCUCUAAGACAGUGAGAUAGACCAAGAUCUACUGGGAUUUGGCCAAAUGAAAGUCAGACGUUUCUGCCCAGAGUCUGAAUGAUUAAUAGACUUCUUAAGUGAUCACUGGUGCCAUGUAAUGAAUCCUUUAGUGUUUGUGUUUACGUAAGGUUCAGGCAGAGAUGGUGGUUUAUUGAUCUGUACUUUGUCAAACAGGCAGAAAUGUGGGCGUUAGUGGAUGUGAAUAGUCAAAAUGACUGGUGAUUUGUUGGAAAUGGCUACAUAACCAUUGUAAAUCUGGAAAGAAAAGGCUGAGCUGCGAGCCUGUCAGUGGCUUGCACAACGAAUUGAAACCAUCAUUAUGGUUGGAUAUGUACUAUAUAUAAUGUUUAUAACUGUACAUUACAUUGCUGUGUAGUACAUUUCAAGCAAUAUGGGGACAACAUUGCUGAACUGAAAAAUUAGCACAUUUCCACAAGCUUUGCCCUUCCUCGACGCAUAAAAUAUUUGGCUAAUUUGGUGAUUCCCUGCGGCUGGGGGCACUGGAUGCUUCCGCUCCAGCCCCAACACUGUCUGGAGUCUAGGGGUGAACAGCACAAAAGUGAAAUGCAUUCACAACUGACUAUUUGUCUUGUCGUUUGACAGGGCAAAAUGAAGUGGGUUGAUGCUUACUGCAUAUUUUCUCAUUAGUUUACUCAACAUUUUAAACAUGUUAAACAUCAACAUUUUAAAACACCCAGUAAGCAAGCAAACACACAAAUAGACAAAAAGGCUAAGAUAUGGCACAUCUAGUUCCAGUCGAUAUGUUCCACCUUCAGGAAUUUUUAAAAACACAUUCACAUAUAGUGGCGCGGAGGUGUUGAUUUGUGUCAUUGUAAUCCCAGGAAUUGACACAGGAAUAGCGGUGAAAUGCUCACUGCACGUCAUUGAUAGUUACUAUGUAUCUCAUGAGAUUUACAAUAGUUGUCCGAUGAAAGGGUGGUUUGCACAUGGUCUGGUAUGGCUAAAAUAAUAUCACUAAGCAGAAUAUCACACAAAAAAGCUAAGAGAGGCUUAACACUUCCACUAACCACAUCACCGCAGCAUAGGGUAAGCAGGUGCUGAGCAUUUUAUUGCCUAAAAAAUUAACAUUUCACCUGCGCACUCAACUGGAGACAUUCCGAUUAAAUGGGGAACAGUGGAAUUAUGCAGCGUUUAUGGGCGGGCAUUGUUGUGAAAUCUGACCAGAGCUAUUUCCAAUUAGAUGUAACUGACUACAUGUCGUGCAUUAAUACUUUCGAUUUACUUUGUUUCGUGUCAUAAACUAAAGUCAAAGCACUGUGGAAUGUCAUGGACACCCCUAUUUGAGGAAAUGGUACAUGCCGUGUUAGCAGGUUUCGGAAGGCAGCCACAGCGCUGCCACAUCAUUGCUAUCGCUCUUGUGGAUCUUUCAUAGUGUGGUCCUGCUCCGCUUUAUAGAUAGAUAUAAAAUGACCUUGCUAUGAUUAUAAAAUCACAACGGUCCAUUGUGAGAUAUACGCGAAUUCAACGCAAACGGAGCAACAAUACGCGAUGCCAGUACAAGCCAGUCUGGCUGAAGGACUACCGGUGAUACCGUGAGCUCUUUCACAUGACAGCGGACGUAAUGAUGUAGUGUUACUUGUGAUGUACAUUCUGUGAAGAUCUAACAAUCAAAGGACUGUGCCAUAGACUCGAACGAUUUCGGAAAAUGGAUGUAUGGGCAACCUUUCCAUUUUUACGGCCAUUUACGCACGACUGCGCCAUCAUUUCCAGGAACGAGCAUUUUGAAGAAGCGACACAUGCUGUUCAUAUCGGGCUGUAGAAAAUCCAGGGAUCACUGGUUGUCUGUUGGAACGAACAUUGUUGCCUUGCUUUUUGCUUCCUACCUUGUACUCGCAGGCUUCUCAUCCACGUGCAUUUCUUAAAGAUGGGUCGUCUGAAAACGCCCUGCCUUUGCUCUGCUGCUAUAGCCUUCCCUGCCUCCUCAUAAUGCACAACAUACCAAAUAUUUAAAUGGAUAGUCAUAGAUUAUAUUUCUGUUAUUUAUUUCAUGUCAGAUGUAUUUUUCCAAUUUAAAUGAAAUGUCACUCUAGCUUUGGAAAAAUAAUUAAUUUCAAGAAGCAGGGGACAUUUUGCUGAACCUACUUGAAGUUGCUGUUCCAUUUCCCUAUUGCAAGAGCUGUGUGGCUGUCUUUUUUUUCUUGUGUGACAUUUUGCAUAGAAGGACUGGUACCCUGCAGUGCUUGUGUUAAGGGAGAGCUGAACAGAGAGCCUCUUUCAUUCUUGCUGGUCGUCAGUGUUGCAGCUACCCCAUGCUUGAUUCCAAAAUGAAGGAGGUGUGUCGCAUCUGUGCCCGGGAACUAUGUGGCAACCAGCGCCGCUGGAUCUUCCACCCAGCUGCAAAGCUCAACCUGCAAGUUCUUCUGUCCCACGCACUUGGCUGGGAGCUGACACGCGAUGGCCGCGGCGAGUUUGCAUGCAGCAAGUGUGCAUUCAUGUUGGAUCGCAUGUACCGCUUCGACACGGUGAUCGCACGGGUCGAGGCACUGUCAAUAGAGCGACUCCAAAAGUUGUUGCAGGAGAAGGACAGGCUACGCCAAUGCAUCUGGGGCCUGUAUCGCAAGAAUAAUGCUGACAUUCCUUCUAGUGCCACUCAGUCCCAGAGCAAGGACUUCACUGUAGACAUGACUGGGCUCUACCAUGCCAAGUACUGUGCCCUGUUGCAGGAGGACCUGGUCUACUCGCUGUACGAGGCCUGGGCUGAGGAGGAGGAUCAGACGAUGGCAGAGUGUGCACAUGCACAUCACACCUGUCAGACCGCCCCCUCAGAAAUCUCCUCAUCACACCGGCAUCACCACCGUUGCCGUGGCUGCAGCGCCCUGCGUGUGGCCGACUCUGACUACGAAGCCGUGUGCCGCGUUCCCCGCAAGGUGGCACGCAGCAUCUCCUGCGGCCCGUCCACACGCUAUUCUGCCAGUGCGGCCGGCAGCACCAGUGGUGAGGAGAGGGAGGAGGAACAGACGUCCUCUGCCACACUGGUGGCAGACACCCAGCCCUCCAACGCCACCACCACCUCGGACAGCGAGCGCACACUACUUGACCACGGCAGUUCCAGCCCCUCAGUGGAGUCCCUGGACCUGGUCCACGGCCACAGCAGGCAGCAUGCGCUUGAUGGAGAUCCAACGGAGGACCAGAACUCGGAUUCUCUCUCUGAGGACCCCAUUGAGCCUCAACCUUCACACAAACUGGCCAUGGCCCUUUAUAUGCUGCGGAGCUGCUCCUACCGUCCCAUUGAGAGGGCGCAGGGUAGCAAGCUGCCUGUGCUGGCCAAAGCUGGUGUCAGGAACGCCAGAAGAAAGCCAGGCAGCCUGGACCAUGGGGCCAGGGGCCAUGAGGUGGAUGGUGGGGAGUGUGAGCUCACAGAGGUGGUAGAGCUGCCACUGCCACUGCCACUACCACUACCACGGAUCCAGGUGGACUUGGGCUCGGAGCUGGCCGAGAUGGAGGAGAUGUGGCAGGAUGUGUAUGUGGAGUGUUUACCAUUCCGCUUCCAGAAGGUACCACAGCCAGGGCGCAUCACUGUUUCAUAACCCACUCUUUCCUGAGCUUUGUUUCAGGGCCUGGGAUUGUUGACCCAUGCAUACCUAAAGAACAUGGGACCCUUGCACUUACACGUCUCUUGAGAAGGAAAAAGCAGCGCAAACAGCCAUGUUACAUAACAUUAUCUUGUACUGCUACUGUACACCACCGGCAUGUAGUGUCACAGAAGAAGCACUCACAUUAUUACAUCACUGUGAUUUUAGUGAACUGAAAAAGAAAAACCCUCUGAAGACAAGAGUUAUGUUAUCCAACCAGUGGAGUUGCCUGAGGCCAGCUAGUAGUUUCUUUAAGACCAUGUAAUUAGGCUUGUAAUCCGUUUGGAACUUAAAGAGCAGCCUUUUAGUCUUUUAGUCUUCUCUAAGACUGUCGUGCAAACCUAGCUCAUCAUAAAGUUACCACUGACCGCACAGUUAACCCCCUCAUGGCAUUAGCGGUGGAGCGACACACUUGGAUGCGACACCAUGAUGUUGUGCACCCACAUGGACAUACAAUGCGUAUUGUACUAUUGCUACUCCUUGGUCAGCACAAAAAAAGCAAUGGAGACAAACGUACAGUCUUUUUGCCCACACAGUUCUUCUGUAAAGUGGUGUGUCCACGGUGCCCUAAAUAGGCUAGCUAGUGCAUAGUGACAGAGGGAAUGAGGCAGAUCUGCUGGCCUAUAUUCACUGACAGCAACCCCCGGAGGCAUCACACCAUCGCAUGCUUCACUGGGAGAUUAAGCUUUUUGUUCUCCUCUGCCUGUCUACUCCCGUCGCAUCCCACAUUUGUGACCCCAAAGACCACAAUGGCUAAUACGAGGUGAUGUACAGAUCUGCCCUUCUGUGGCUGCUACGUAUAUAGAUAGACAGACUGGAGAACUCGAUGCCUCCGCAUUUAGGGUUAACAUAACAUAAGUGUUUAAUUUGCUUGUACAAGGUCAACUGACUAUCUUUUAGUCUCUGACCAUUAGUUCUCUUAACACAAAAGGGUCGGAGGCAGGAAUGUAAAUUGGUCCAUUUGUAAUUGUAAUUGUAAUUAUACUUCCCUGUGUGGCUCAAUAGCCCUGUGUUAUUGUUCAUCUCACUGGUCUAAUUCUGUCCCACCUCAUCUC